CCAACUGGACAACCAGCCCGGCCUGGAUCCACAGCGUCGCACAACGGUUCCGUUGAAACCCGCGUCUGCCAGCGCCGUGCACCGACUCCACGCUUCCACAGGAUCGUCAUCCGGAGCAUCGUAUUCUCUUCGUCUCUCUUCCGGGUCUCUGUUCCAUCCGAACCGUUGCCCGGCGUUCUCGUCUCGGUUCCAUGCUCGCCGUCUUUCCGUUCGGUGCGUGUUGAUCCCUGUGCUCGACACCAUCCGUGUACCCGGUUACCGUUCGAGGUUGGAGGGAUCAUCCGGCGAAAGAGAAACGCGAAAGUGAGAGUGCGAUGGAUUAUGGAUGGGUCGGGAAGAUUUCGAGGCGGUAUAAUUGGUUGGUAAUCACCGGCAGCUUCGGUGAGAACUAUAUCGUUCGUAAUCGGUUGGACUAUUGGCUGGAGUAAUGAUCCGGCAUCUCGAGUGGACUGGUUCUUAGUGUUGUUACCAUCGCAGAGACGGUUCUUCCGGGAAGAUGAGAGAUAAAUUCGAUAAUCGUCGCGACAGUCCAUCAUGAACUGGGCUGAACAGUGUCCGUCGGAAAGAAACUGGGGAAGAAUAGCUAGUGUUCGAUAAAUGACAUAGUAAACUGUGCGGAUAUAUUAGCGAGGGUAGUGCGCACCGUCGAAAGAAUUUGUCAUACUAUGUUACUAACGUGUCUGGAAUUCGUUGUUCAUCACACACUGGCAGCUACCAAUGAUCGGACAGAUGCCCUGGUCAAAAAUGAUGAUCCCUCCAGGCAACGUGCAGCGAACGGAAUCCGUUAGGUAGGUACACUAAACGGUCCCAAAACUCGUCCGGUCAUCAACAACGAGUAUCUCUAACAGUCGUCAUGGGAAGAUUAAAGUAGAAUAAGCUUUAACUCCUAUCGUGCCGGUAAACUGGACGACAGAGUACGGGAAGCAGUUCAGCUGACUAAAAAAAGAAUAUUUAGAAAAACAUGUCUAACACGCCACCGGAAUCGUCCACCGGUUUAGAUUCGAACGAUCUCCCCGAGAUCAGACAGAAUCACUUGUCGACGCGGCUCGACUCUGAGGACUCCGAGAAACGAGAUCAGAUACGAGGAAGUGACGGGAACAACGUGGACAGCGAUUGCGAGAGCGACACCAGCGAGGUGCUGAGCGUCGGUAGCGAACCGACGCCCACCAGCGUCGUCGGGAUCCAUGGCUGCGGUUCGGUCAGAUACGACCAGGAGUCGGCGAGCAGCCGCGGCGACUUCCGGGACGAGGAUAACACGAGAACGUCGGCGACACCAUCGCCUUCGAGUUCGGCGAGCUGCAACGAUGGAUUCUACCAACGAACUUCUAACCAUAUCUCCGCGCCGAGUCCCCCGGCUUAUAGUCAACCGCCGUCAUCGCCUGCUCCAUCCUCGGUCAGGUCACCGGCUUCUUCCUCGGCCACUGCCUCGUCCCCCGGCCGUCCCGAGGGUAUCCAGGACGUUAUAGUGCCCAGGUAUCAGUCCACUCAUCCGCCACACUUGUUACCGCGAUAUUCGUCGAGGGAAACCGAAAUUCCCGACUAUCCGGCCCGCGUUCAACACAGCCUGAGCCACGAGAUUGUUUACCCUACCGUGGAGAGGCUACAUAGAACCCCUAUCAGCGUUCCUCUAGUGACCAGACUGUCGUUAUCACCGCCGUCGGCCAUGACAGUUACCGGUUUGCAAGCUACUACCCCGGUCCUCCACCCCACAGUUUGCAGGGACCUUAGGGAAACGGCUUCGCUGAUGCCGCAUCCCGGUCAGCAUCUGCAUCACACGAAUAGUCACGUUCACCUUCAUCAAACGUCCCAAGUGCAACACGUACCGGCGAACUCGGUGCAUCAGCAUCGAUUGUCGGUUAGCAAGAUUCUACAGCGGGAACCCGGUAGUCCUGCAUCUCCCGGGGCGAGGGAAGAGAACGGGAGAACCAUGCCUGGCGCUAACAGUGUUCAAAACAACGGUGUUAACAACAACCACCACAACAAUCAUAACAACAACAUGCAACAUCAGCCGAGUUUAAAGUUCAGUAUAGACAACAUAUUGAAGGCGGACUUCGGCAGGAGGAUCACCGAUCCGAUCUCGUUGAAAAAGUCGCGUCCGAAAAAAGUCAGCUCGAGACCUAUCGACUUGACCAAGGACUUCCUAGAAUCGGUAUCGGAGAGUUCGGAGAAGAGUAAUUCGGAAACGAGCUCGGCGACGAACAACGCGUCACCCGGCGUCGCGACGGCCGGGAAUCCAACGUCGAACGCGUCCGGACCACCUGCGACCGAAGCCGGGAAACAGUUGCCGUGGCCAGCCUGGGUCUACUGCACCAGAUACUCGGACCGACCUUCCUCCGGACGAAGAUCCUACCGUGUUGCAGGUCCACGAACGAGGAGGGUGAAGAAGGCGGAGGGUCGCAUCCCCGAGGAGAAGCGCCCGCGGACCGCGUUCAGUGGCGAACAAUUGGCCAGGCUGAAGCGUGAGUUCGCGGAGAAUCGAUACCUGACCGAGCGAAGGAGGCAGCAGCUCUCGAGGGAUCUCGGCCUGAACGAAGCGCAGAUCAAAAUCUGGUUCCAGAAUAAGAGGGCGAAGAUCAAGAAGGCGAGCGGACAGAAGAAUCCGCUCGCGCUUCAGCUGAUGGCCCAGGGUCUCUACAAUCACUCGACGGUGCCGUUGACGAAGGAGGAAGAGGAACAGGCGGCGGAGUUACAAGCGAAAUGACGACAAUAGGACCGAGCUAAUAGUCGAGUCUAGAUUUAUUGGCGAGCUCGUUUCGUUCACGAGAUCUCGCAACGGAAGAAGGGACUCUGGUUUUUAUUGUUGAAUGUCGAUUGGAUCGUAGAAGAGGAAAACCUGUCUGGAUAGGAUGACUGAUCUGCUAAUGCAUAACUAUACAUAUUGUGUGGCGGAAUGGAGACGUAAGUGGAAUGUGUGUUAGUAUGUACUUAGAUAAUUUAAUUGUUCCUCCUGCAAAUUUUUGCGAGAGAUCCGCGCGGCGAUUUGUGUUCCAAAGAUUGUAAAUUAUCGUUUCGAAUUUAAAUUAUCUCUUGGAAUCUCCUAUGAAAUGAACCGAAACUCGAAACUGGUCGGGUUUCUUAGUCGUUCGUUUUCCAUGUAAAAGACUGGGAUUAUUUAUUUCGUGAAAAAAGAUUUAGUGCCACCGAUCAGAUUUCGAUUGAACGUAUGAAAUUUCGUCGACGAUUUGUUGUUUAAUAGAGCUUCCCAUUUGAACUCGAGACGCGUCGCGUCGUAAGGAAUUCGCGAGAGGAAAGUUCAUGAGUUACCGGCUUUAAGAAUCGAAUGAUGGCGGUCUUAGCUCGCGCGAUCGCCGGGACGACUAUCAUUCAAUUCUAUAUCGUUUGCGAGGGUGGAUUUAGCACGAACGUUCCUGUGCCGCGAGUAAAAUUCAUUGUCGUGACCGGAGGAAAAAGUAAAUGGUAUCUCAUCGAUUGAGCAGGUCAGUGAAAUGGGUUGUACAGUGCCAUUUGUACAGUUAUUUCUCGCGAAAAAGUAGACCGAAAAGGAAUAAAACAAUGCAGUCGUUCUCUGUAAAAGGAAGUUCUCAGUAGUCGAGAUAGAGAGUGUGCGCGGGAGAGAAAGGAAGUGAGAAUGAAAAGUUGAAUCGUUCUGUUCCAUUAAUUUAUUGUAAAAAUGUAAGAUAUCGUAAAAUUGCGAUGUGCAAUAGAGAACGUUAUACAUAUAUGUACGAAGAGAAAAAAAACGCCUAUGUAUAGGUAAAUAUUAUAUAUAUAAAAAGAGGAUUGAUAAAUCGUCGUGUAAAUACAACUUAGCGAGAGAACGUCGUGUUGUCUCGAUAGACUGUUUAAAAGUAACUUAGUUAUUUAUUUACCUAAUGCUAACGCUCGACGCAAUGUCGGGCGACGUAUACCUUGUAAGAA